AUGCCCACACCGUCCCAGGUCUCGCCUCGGAUACAGGAAGUCCGGGACCUGGCGAAGCAGGACCCUUCGAAAGCCCUCAAGAGUUAUCAGAAGAUUCUCUCCGAAGGCCCAGGAUCCACAGAGGCCUCGUCGCGAGAAUAUGAGCAAGCUUUGAUCGGACUGGGAGAGCUGCAUCGGGAUGCAAAGAAGCCUCAGGACAUUGCAGAGCUCAUUAAGACCAGCCGAGACACCUUUUCGUCAUUCGCUAAAGCGAAGACUGCUAAGCUAGUCCGUCAACUUCUCGACCUCAUCAGCGAAAUCCCUAAUACUCUCGAUCUUCAAGCAAGUGUCAUCCAAUCAUGCAUAGAAUGGGCUGUUUCAGAGCGACGGUCUUUCCUUCGACAAAACCUCCAAGCAAGAUUGGUCGCAAUUCACAUGCAGAAGCAAGCCUACUACGAUGCCCUCACUCUCAUCAACUCCCUUCUCCGCGAGCUGAAGCGUCUGGAUGACAAACUUAUGUUAGUGGAGGUUCAGCUGCUCGAGUCCCGUGUAUACCAUGCUUUGGGUAACCAGGCGAAGGCACGAGCUGCUUUGACCGCCGCACGAACGUCCGCAGCUUCCGUUUACACACCUCCCAAUCUGCAGGCUGGCUUGGACAUGCAAAGUGGUAUGCUCCACGCCGAGGACAAGGACUUCAACACUGCUUUCUCGUAUUUCAUUGAGGCUCUGGAAGGAUAUAACUCACUUGACGAGGGAGAGCUUGCCACAGCAGCUUUGCAAUACAUGCUGCUGUGCAAGAUUAUGUUGAACUUGGUGGAUGAUGUCACACAACUUUUGGGGUCCAAGCAAGCCCAAAAGUAUGCCAGCCCACGCCUGGAGGCCAUGAAGGCGGUGGCCAAGGCUCACUCAAACCGGUCUCUGGAGGAAUAUGAAAAGGCUCUCUCCGAUUACCGAUAUGAACUUGGCAGCGACACCUUUAUUCGAAACCAUCUCCGCCGUUUGUACGAUGCUAUGUUGGAGCAGAAUUUAAUCAAGGUGAUCGAGCCGUUCAGCCGUGUGGAGCUAGACCACAUCGCCAAGAUGGUUGGUCUCGAUACCCAGCAAGUGGAACGCAAGCUGUCGCAGAUGAUUUUGGACAAGGUGAUCAUUGGUGUACUGGACCAAGGUUCGGGAUGUCUGAUCGUUUUCGAUGAGACUGAGCGUGACCAAGCUUAUGAUGCUGCACUAGACACCAUUGAGAAGUUGAGCAAUGUGGUGGAGGGUCUGUAUACUAACCAGGCAUCGCUACUGGAGUAG